AUGCUCUACUCAGCAGUUAUAUCCUAUGGCUUGCUCGUUGCAAUUGGAGUAAAUGCACAGUCGCAGUCGAACUCGGCCUCAGCCUCGACCGCCGCCUCGGGCUCUAUAUCAAGUAGCCAACAAACCUCCAGUGGCUCUGCCAGCCAGUCAACUAUACCCACAAGUACUUCCGACGGCAAUCUCAUCUUAAGUGGCACCGCCAAACAUACAACUACCGCCUUGACUGGCACCCGCAAUGAGACUACUACAAGCUCAAACACAAGCUCAACCCAAACGUCGACCUCUAUCACCGAAACGCCAACAAAUGUCACGCCCUGCAACGGGCACCCCUUAUUCUGCGAUCGAAAAUAUGGCAAUAUUACCGAAGUAGCAGCACAUAAUUCGCCCUUCAUCAGGCCAGGAACUGCAGCUGCAAAUCAGGCCCUGCCAGUUGAGGCACAACUCGAUGACGGGAUUCGGCUCCUUCAAGGGCAGAUACACUUCGUGAACAACACGCCUCACUUCUGCCAUUCAUCCUGUGAUAUGCUUGACGCAGGACCAAUCACCGACUACCUAGGCUCGGUUUAUAAAUGGAUAUCCACCCACCCCUACGACGUUGUAACCAUCCUGCUAGGGAACGGCGACUACACAGCUGUCGAGAAAUUCGUCCCCUUCCUUGAAGCUACAGGUCUCGUCCAAUACGCCUAUAUACCCCCCAAAAUACCCAUGAACAUCACCGACUGGCCUACCCUAGGCUCUAUGAUCCUCUCCGGAAAACGAGUAAUCUUCUUCAUGGACUACGAAGCCGAUCAAAAAUUGGUCCCCUGGAUCCUCGACGAAUUCUCCCAGGUGUGGGAAACUCCCUUCGAUCCCAUAGAUCGCAACUUUCCCUGCGUCGUUCAACGACCGCCAAACCUGCCUGACGCCGAAACGAAAAUGCGCUUAGCCCUUAUAAACCAUAACCUCAAUUAUGAGAUCUCCCUACUGGGAAACAGUAUUUUGGUGCCGAAUAUCCCGUUGCUGAAUAUUACGAAUAAUGUUACUGGCUUUGGGAGUCUGGGCGUGAAUGCACAGCAGUGUACGGAGAAGUGGGACCAUCCUCCAAAGUUCUUGAAUGUGGAUUAUUAUAAUGUGGGUAAUGGGACUGUUUUCGAGGUUGCUGCUAAGUGUAAUAAUGUUACCUAUGCUCCGGAGCGGCCGUGUUGUGGUGUCGCGGCUAGUGAUGCCCCGCGAGCCUUGGGAGUUAAUCGUGUAUUAGCGACCGCUGUUGUUGCGUUGUUGGCAGGCUUGUAUUUGUCAUGA